AUGACAACAACGUUGACGAAUUUGGUAUCAUCUGAUAUCAUUCUCGAUGUGACCGCUGGUGGUGAUGGUGACGGUGAUGAAUAUACAUUUGGGCGUCCAUCAGACUUACCAUCUAGUGUAACACUUAUUCAUAGCAUGAACGAUGCAGUUCUAUGGGCACAGCGCCAAGAGGGUACUACCGAGGAGAAUAUUCUUCAGAUAGAGGGCCUCAUAGAUGGAUAG